AUGGUUCAGCUCAAGAUCUCAAUGCUACUCACAACUUUGGGCAUUAUGAGCGCCAGCAUCGGCUGCUCUGCUACAACCAUCACCAACAGCCUGUUAUUGAGUUCUAUUGCCGAGCAGCUAGCCCUACCAGCAUCAACAUGGUCAGCCAACGGCACCCACACAGCAAAGGGAUUCACGAACAAAUCAGCGAAUACUCCAUCUGCAGAGGGCCUAAAAGAAGACUGCGACAAUAUCAACCUCAACAAGAAGCUAGCCGUGGAUUUCCGCAGUGAUGUUCUUGGUUCCGGUGUUACGGGUUUCUUCUACAAGUGCGAGAAGCUCAGUGCCGAUACCAACAAGUACUGGUUCACUAUCAGUACUGGCGACAAGGCCCAGAUCGACAAGCUUUGUGAUCAGGAUACUACCUACCCCAUUGUCUAUGAUCAGCAGCACAACACUUGGUUCAUUGAUGAGCCUUUCGAUUGUACUCGACGGACCAACCCAACGGACUUCUUCUAA